AUGGCCUCUAACGACGUUCGUGAUGUCCUCAACCUGCCCUCUGAGGGCUUGGCACCACGUCCUUCCAAGAAGCAAAAGAUUGCCGCUCCAAGGCCCAACCUGAAAGGACUUGCACGGGAAGUUCAGAGCCUGGGAGGCGACACACCGAUUGCCAUCGUACCCGAAGUCUCUCUCUACAAGAAGCGUCGUCAGAUUAAUCGCAAACCGGCCUCUAAAUGGGAACUACGGGCCUUCCGAAACUCGGCGCGUGAUGACAACAGCUUAGUUUUACGGCACUGGAAGCGCAAGUCAGAGGCAGGGCCAAGGCCAGACCGGGCUGAUGGAAGUACAGCACAGGGCGACAAGCAGAAGGAGGGUGAGCCUGAGGUCGAGGACUCGGCAUUUGCGAGAUUCAACGUCAAGGUCCAGGUGCCCGACUACAACGAGGAGCAGUACGACGCAAAGCUACAGAGCGACGACUGGACCAAAGACGAGACCGAUUACCUGUUCCAGCUGGUCAGGGACUUUGACCUGCGGUGGCCUCUCAUAUGGGACCGAUUUGAGUACUCGCCAAAACAACCUGAUGAUAUGGACUUGGAUGGGUCGAGCACGGCAGUCGUUCCCGCCCCAAGACAGCGGACCAUGGAGGAUCUCAAGGCACGGUACUACGAGGUGGCGGCCAAGAUGAUGGAGGUUCAGAAGCCGAAGCAGUACAUGACACAAUUUGAAUGGGACAUGCACACCAUGAUGUUGAACUUCGACCCGGACAAGGAAGCCCAACGCAAGAGGUUCGCGCUGAACACCAUGUCGAGGACAGAAGCCGAGGCCAAGGAGGAAGAGUCGCUCCUCAUCGAGGUCAAGCGCAUCAUGGCCCGUGCCGAGAGAUUCAACGAGGAGCGCAGGGAGCUCUACCAGAGGCUUGAUCAUCCCCACGCGGACCAGGACAUCAGCGCCUUCAGAGGCAGUGCGGGGCUCUCUCAGCUGCUCAACACAUUGCAAACCCAGAGCCAAGCCAGGAAACGCAAGCCCCUCACGGCGCCCGAGACCGCGAGCCCGGCUACUGGUGCUGCGAGUGCAAAUGCCCAGCCAUCGAGCGCGGUAUCUGAGACAGCGCCAAGUCGGCGUGAGAGCAUCGCCGCCCAGUCCGCCGGCCACCGCGACUCGAUCGGCGCCGAGAAGCCCACGCCUGUGGGCAACAAGAAGGGACAGCCACCUCCCGAGAGACGCAAGCUCAGCGAGUACGAAGAGCAGAUCUACGGCGUCUCGACGCACGAGCGGCUCAGCUCUGGACCGACGUUCCGGUAUGAACGGGUUAACAAGCUGUUCUCCCACAAGAGCGGCCAGCAGCAGGCACGGAUACAGCACGUCCUCAACGAGCUCAGUAUCCCUGUACGUCUCAACAUGCCUACCGCGACAGUCGUGGCCGAGUACGAGAAGCUUGUACUCGCCGUCACCAGCCUGGUAGACCUGAGAAAGCAGAAGGACAAGCUCGAGAACGAGAUCAAAAUCGAGGAGGCGAAGAGGGCAGAGCGGGCCAAGGCGAGAGCA